AUGGAUACAGUAGAAAAGCGAGUCCACGCCUUUGUGCGAGUCAAACCGACAGCUGAUUUUGCUCAGGACAUGAUCAAGUUUGGGCAAGACAACAAGAGCAUAGAUAUUUACCUCAAAAAAGAUGCCAAGCAAGGCGUUGUGAACAACAGGCAGACGGAGUGGUGCUUCCGGCUCGACGGGGUUCUUCACAACGCCUCCCAGGACCUGGCCUACGAGACCGUCGCUGAGAAACUGGUGUCUGAAGCUUUGAAUGGCUAUAAUGGCACCAUCAUGUGCUACGGGCAAACAGGGGCCGGGAAAACGUACACGAUGACGGGAACGACGGCGGACUACAGGCACCGAGGAAUCAUCCCCCGCGCGAUCCAGCAGGUCCUCAAGGCGGCUGCACAUUGCGCCGAUCGAUUCGUCACCGUGCGAGUGUCCUACCUGGAGAUCUACAACGAGACCCUGUGUGACCUUCUGGCCACCGUGGCGAGCGGGGCCACCGGGGACGUGCCCUUGGCCGUGGUGGACUGCCCGGGGGGUGUUUAUGUGAAGGGUUUGUCUAUACAUACAGUCAACCACGAGGAGGAUGCUCUAAAUCUCCUGUUUGAGGGUGAGACCAAUAGAGUAAUAGCAGAACAUGCACUGAAUAAAAAUUCAUCCAGAUCCCACUGCAUUUUUACUAUCUAUAUUGAGUGUAAUUUCAGAGUUUUGUCGGAUGUCAAAUGCUUGAACUCCAAAAUCAACCUCAUAGACCUGGCAGGCUCAGAGAGGCUGAGUAAAACUGGGUCUGAAGGGCAGGUUCUGAAGGAAGCCACCUACAUCAACAAGUCCCUGUCGUUCCUCGAGCAGAUCGUCAUCGCCCUGAGCGACCCGAGGAGGGACCACGUCCCCUUCCGCCAGAGCAAGCUCACGCACGUCCUCAAGGACUCGCUCGGGGGAAACUGCAAUACUGUCCUGGUGGCAAAUAUCUGUGGGGAAGCUGUGCACAUGGACGAGACCUUGUCCUCUCUUCGUUUUGCUACCAGAAUGAAAUGGAUCACAACAGAACCAGUUGUCAAUGAGACAUGUGACACAUGGUGGAUGGUGAAGACUUUGGAGAAGGAGAUCAGUUACCUGAAGCGGGAGCUGGCCAUGCAUGACAGCUUGGUCAAUCGCUCUUUGGUGACUUAUGACCCUCUGACUGAAAUCCAGAUAGCAGAUAUUAAGUCUCAAGUGCUAAAAUACCUCGAAGGAUCCAUUGAUGAAAUUGAUAUAGUGAACAUGAGGCAAGUCCAGGAGGUUUUCAGACAGUUCAAACAGCUCGUAAGUCAACAGGAGCAGGAGGUGGAGGCCAGAUUACGAAGCAAGUAUGCGCUGAUAGACAAAAACGACUUUGCUGCUAUUGCUGCUGCUCAGAAGGCGGGCCUCGUUGACGUGGACGGCCAUGUGCUGGGGGACAUGGACGGGCAGGAUUUGGGGACAGGAACUGCUCAUUUUUCAUCCAAACAUGGUGGGAAGAAGAUAAAGCCCAAGAAGACCAAAGAGCAGGGCAGGAAGGAAGGAAUCGGGACCUCUUCUUCUGGGAAAGAGAUGGAUGUUCUUCUGCAAUCAAAAACUCAGGUGAUAACUUCCACCAAGGAUGUGGAUGUGAAAGAGGGAGUGAGGAGCCAGGAUGCAGCAAAUAUUGACACGCAGCCCUCGAAACUGGCUUCUCUGCGGGACUCCCAGCAGCUCAGGUAAGCCCAGGCAGGGGACUCCCCUCCUUCCAAGCCGGCGGCGUUCGAGCAGUUUAAGAAGGAAUGUGGCAGUGAGAUCAACCGGAUCUUUAAAGAGAACAAGAGCAUCCUCCUCGCCAGGAGGAAGAGGAGCGGAGCGGUCGCGCAGCGGCUCAACCUGAUGAAGCAGGAGAUGGAGGGCAUCAAAGAGGCACUGGGGGCUCAGCGGCAGGAGCGGUGGCAGCAGGGAGAGUAUGUUGAUGAGACGGGACAGAUCAUCAUCGACGAGGAGGAGUUUCUACUCAUUAUGAAGCUCAAGGACUUGAAGAAAGAAUACAGGUCUGAUUACGCGGAGCUUCAGGACCUGAAGGCAGAAAUCCAGUAUUGCCAGCAGCUCGUGGACCAGUGCCGGAACAAACUCGUCUCAGAGUUUGAGAUCUGGUACAACGAGGCCUUCCUCAUCCCCAAGGACGUGCAGGACACGCUGAAGCCCGGUGGCAGCAUCCGACCUGGAAUGAUUCCCAUAAACAGAGUGCUGUGCCUGGUGAGUUGUCCCGGCGGCUCUGCUUGUUCUCCUUGGUAGCCACACGUUGCGUGGUGACGAGGGC